AGGUCUUUAAUCAUGUUUCCUGGUGAAGACUGGAACUCAAGUGAGCUGUUGAACAGCUCCAUUGGAAACUACUCUAUGGAUGAUAUUGAGGACGAGGAGCACCCCUUCCUGACGGAUGCUUGGCUGGUGCCCCUCUUCUUCUCCCUCAUCAUGCUGGUGGGGCUGAUCGGGAACUCACUGGUGAUAUAUGUCGUCUCCAAGCACAGACAGAUGAGGACGGCCACUAACUUUUACAUUGCAAACUUGGCUUCCACUGACAUCAUUUUUCUGCUAUGCUGCGUGCCGUUCACUGCUACUCUCUACCCCCUGCCAGGCUGGAUAUUUGGGGACUUCAUGUGCAAAUUUGUUGCUUUUCUCCAACAGGUGACCGUACAGGCGACGUGCAUCACUCUUACGGCGAUGAGUGGAGACCGUUGCUAUGUGACUGUGUAUCCUCUGAAAUCCCUGCACCAUCGGACCCCUCGUGUCGCAAUGAUUGUUAGCAUCUGUAUCUGGAUCGGUUCCUUCAUUCUUUCCAUACCAAUCUUCCUGUACCAGAGGCUUGAGGACGGCUAUUGGUAUGGACCAAGAAAAUACUGCAUGGAGAGGUUUCCAUCAAAGGCCACUGAGAAGGCUUUCAUCCUCUAUCAGUUCAUAGCUGUUUAUCUACUGCCUGUCAUUACCAUCUCCUUCUGUUAUUCCUUCAUGUUGAAGAGAGUGGGACAGGCCUCUGUGGAACCAGUGGAUAACAGCCAUCAGGUCCACCUGCUCUCAGAGAGAACUAUCUCCAUUAGGAGUAAGAUUUCCAAAAUGGUAGUGGUCAUUGUUGUCCUCUUCACCAUUUGCUGGGGUCCCAUUCAGAUCUUUGUCCUGUUCCAGUCUUUCUACCCCAACUUCAAGGCCAACUACGCAACAUAUAAGAUCAAGACGUGGGCUAACUGCAUGUCCUAUGCCAACUCUUCUAUCAACCCUAUUGUCUACGGUUUUAUGGGCGCUAGCUUCCGCAAGUCUUUCAGGAAGACCUUCCCCUUCCUCUUUAGACACAAAGUGAGGGACAGCAGUGUCGCCUCCCGCACUGCCAAUGCAGAAAUAAAGUUUGUAGCAACGGAGGAGAGCAACACUGAGAGGAAAUGAGAGCAAAUUACAUCUAAACCAUGAUUUCGCAUGCCAACUAGUUGCUGAAGCUCAGGCUUCCUCUGCAUUAACAAGAGUAAAAUUCAGUUCACUGAGCUGCGAAAAAAAUAUUUUAAUGUGGUGCGAAAGGGC